AUGCCUCGGGUCGCCCAAGUGCCACGCGCCGGUGGCGUCAAGUCGACGUCUGCCUCCAUGUCGGCUUCGCCCUUCAAGUCUCCCGUCAAGCGCCAACUGGCUAGGAUCCCGCUCAACGACGAUGCGCAAGAAAAGGGCCGGCGCAUGAACUCGCGAAAGGCCCUGCAAGAGAAGCAAAUCAACGAGAUCAAGGCCGCGGCAACACCACGCAAAACCAGCGCCAGGCUGGACGACCUGGAGAAUGCGUCGCCAGGCUCCGCCUCGGGCACCCCUCGCGGCGCCCGCAGCGGCGCCGACGGCGGAACCUCCGUCACGCCCAUGAAGCGCGUCCCCCUCCUUGCCAACUUUGAGGAGUGGAUGAAGAUGGCCACGGACAACAAGAUCAAUGCCACAAACUCGUGGAACUUUGCCCUUAUCGACUACUUUCAUGACAUGUCCCUGCUCAAGGAGGGUGACGGCGUCAACUUCCAAAAGGCCAGCUGCACCCUCGACGGCUGCGUCAAAAUCUACACAAAUAGAGUCGACAGCGUCGCGACGGAGACGGGAAAGUUGCUGAGCGGCCUCGCCGACAGCAACAGCAGCAAGAAAAAGGACCGCGAAGGCGAAGAUGCCGAGGGGGAAGAGAGCGAGGACGAGGUGGACGAGGAUGGCAACGUCAAGAAGAAGCCCAAGAAGAAGACCCAGAGAUCGUCCGAGGCCACCUUGGCGCCAUCGUUCAGCGCACUGCAACUCAAGAAGUUCGAGCUCGAGUUUGCUGUGGACCCCCUCUUCAAGAAGGCUUCGGCCGAUUUUGACGAAGGCGGCGCCCGUGGUCUGCUCCUGAACCAUCUGAUGAUUGACUCCCAGGGACGCAUUGUCUUUGACAGCAGCGAUGACUCGGGUGACGUGGUUACUAUUGGCAAGAGGAAAGCCGAGACAAGCGACGAUGCCGAAGAAGACGGCGACGCGUCAGCGGCGCAGGUGGAAGACGAGGCGAAUGAAGACGAGCAAGCAGGCGACGAGGAGGACGAAGCGGCUGUUCCGAUCGACCUCGCCUCUCUCGGUCAAAGAUUCUUCCACGAUCUAGCACGGCUGGACGAGCUCGACGUGUGCCCGUCGCUCAAGAAUUUUGACCUCGGCAACCCCUCUGGCUCGAUGGACAUCCCAUUCCUCAAAACGCCGGAUGACUGGAGGGCGGACCAAGACAAGGACAAGUCGGCGGGUGUUUUGGGCGACAAGUCGGGCAUGUUCAUCGACGAGGAGGCUCCGGUGGGCUUUGACGAUGACGAUCUCGGCCUCGGAAGCUUCGACGUUGGUGAAAACGUUGCGUUUGGCGAAGGCGGCAUGGGCGACGACGGUGGUGCCGACGGUGAAGGACUCGAUGACAAGGCCGAAUACGUGGUCUCGAUGGCAAACCCCCAGAGCGCCGACAAGAUGCACGAGGACAUUCUGGGCUUCUUCGACCAGGCGCUGCAGAAAAACUGGAGCAGCGCGGAGCACUGGAGGAUCCGGAAGAUCAAGGACGUCAACAAGCCGCCGAGCGAGAUGAAGAAGCGCAAGGAAAAGGAGCCGUUCGAGAUCGACUUUGCCAGCCCGCUCGAAUCAUCCAUGGCCGAUGUCCUGCACACGCAAGCGGCGAGCAACUCUGCGAUAAGCAUGCCCAAGAAGGACUGGAAGUCCAAAUCUCGAAAUCUCCUCCCCGACGACAAACACUUCAACUCCAAGUCGCUGCUCAGCCUCUUCCUCAAGCCCAGAGCGCGCAUGGCCCGCCGUCGGACCGGCUUCGGGGCUCGGGGGGUGGUGGGCAAUGCGCCGCCAGACAACCAACCCGUGGGGGACAUGGACGAGGCGUUCUGGGCGAACCGCAAGGGCCCCGAGGAGACUGCGCUGCCGGAGGGCGACUACGACGCCAACUUCUUCCAAGACGACGGCCUGCCCUUUGCUGGCGGAGACGACGCGGACGACGACGACCCGGAGUUUGCGGACGCGCGCGAGCACAUGUCGCCGGGGAUCGAGGGCGAGGCAGGCAUGGCGGGGGUGGCCGGGCUGACGGCCUUGCUGGGCGGCGAGACAUAUCCAUUUACGCAGACAAUGGGAGGGGCCUUUGGGACUAGUCUUGUAACGCAGACGAGGAGGGUGCGGCCCGAGUAUGUGCAAUAUGCCCGGAAAGCAAAGAAGGUGGACGUGCGGCGACUCAAGGAGGAGAUUUGGAAGAGCAUGGCCUUGGACAAGCUUGAGGAUCCGUCAAGAAAGGGGGACCGCCUCCUGACUCCGCCGGAAUCGGAGGAGCCAGGCCAGGCACAGCAGGGGAAGACGAGUCUCAAGUUCAGCGAGGUUAUGAGCGGGCUGCAGUCGGUGUACCCCAAGGCCAUCAUGGACGACAUCUCGACGUCGUACUGCUUCAUCUGCCUGCUGCACCUAGCCAACGAGCAGGGUCUGGUGAUUGAGAAGACGGCGGAGCUGACGGAGCUCGACAUUCGCAAGGACUGGACGGCCGAGGUUGUCGAGGGCGGGGAGUAG